AUGUGUGAAGUUGGGUGUGAGUGCUGCCACAGGCAGAUAUUCAAGGGUAGCUAAUUGUCAGCUUGGAAGCAUUGAUUUCAGGAGGAGAGAAUUGCUGCAGCAGGAAUACAAACUGGCAGGAUCAUGACAGAGCCAAGCAGUAGAAAAGAAGGAUUUAAAAAAUGCCGGAGUGCCACUUUCAGCAUCGAUGGUUUUAGCUUUACAAUUGUUGCAAAUGAGACAGGCGACAAAAAUGCUCGACCUCUUUCACGAUUUGCUCGGUCAAAGUCACAAAACUGUCUGUGGAAUACCAUUAUUGGUGGGCUUACGGGUAAUCUCAAAGAAAGGCCAAAGCCAACAAUCAUCAGUGACCCUCGGCCUCCAGAAGAAAUCUUAGCAGAUGAGUUACCACCAGUGGACAGUCCUGAAGCAUUAGUGAAAACAUCUUUCAGGUUGCGGUCUUUGGUAAAGCAGUUAGAGAGAGGAGAGGCUUCAGUUGUAGACUUAAAAAAGAAUUUGGAAUAUGCAGCUACCGUCCUUGAGUCAGUGUACAUUGAUGAAACCAGGCGUUUAUUGGAUACAGAAGAUGAGCUCAGUGAUAUCCAGUCAGACUCCGUGCCCUCUGAGGUCCGGGACUGGUUGGCCUCCACCUUCACACGGCAGAUGGGGAUGAUGCUUAAAAGGUCUGAGGAAAAGCCCCGGUUCAGGAGCAUUGUCCAUGCAGUGCAAGCUGGGAUAUUCGUGGAAAGGAUGUAUAGACGGACAUCAAAUAUGGUUGGACUGAGCUACCCACCAGCUGUAAUUGGAGUACUAAAGAAUGUAGACAAGUGGUCCUUUGACGUAUUUGCACUAAAUGAUGCUAGUGGUGAUCACGCACUGAAAUUCAUUUUCUAUGAACUUCUCACACGCUAUGAUCUAAUCAAUCGCUUUAAGAUUCCCAUUUCUGCUCUCGUUUCCUUUGUCGAAGCAUUGGAAGUUGGAUACAGCAAACACAAAAAUCCUUAUCACAACCUAAUGCAUGCUGCAGAUGUAACACAGACUGUCCAUUACCUCCUUUUUAAGACGGGUGUAGCACACUGGCUGACAGAGCUAGAGAUAUUUGCUAUGAUCUUUGCAGCUGCUGUCCAUGACUAUGAACACACUGGAACCACCAACAACUUUCACAUUCAGACACGGUCAGAUUCAGCCAUUCUGUACAAUGACCGGUCUGUGCUUGAAAACCACCACGUAAGUGCGGCUUAUCGUCUUUUGCAAGAUGAUGAAGAGAUGAACAUUUUAGCUAAUCUCUCAAAAGAUGACUGGAGGGAAUUCAGGGCUUUGGUGGUUGAGAUGGUAUUGGCCACUGAUAUGUCCUGUCACUUCCAGCAAAUCAAAGCCAUGAAGAAUGCUUUGCAGCAGCCAGAAGGAAUCGACAAGCCGAAAGCCUUAUCACUGUUGUUACAUACAGCAGACAUCAGUCAUCCUGCCAAGGCCUGGGACCUCCAUCAUCGCUGGACUAUGUCCUUGCUAGAGGAGUUUUUCAGACAGGGUGAUAAAGAAGCAGAACUAGGGCUUCCUUUCUCACCACUGUGUGAUCGCAAAUCUACUAUGGUUCCUCAGUCUCAAAUAGGUUUUAUUGAUUUCAUUGUGGAACCUACUUUCACUGUGCUAACUGACAUGACUGAGAAGAUUGUAACACCACUCAUCGAUGAAGCCACCCGCUCUGGCAUGUCAGGAUUUAGGCGUUCCAGUUUGAAUAGCAUUAGCCCCUCAGAAGUUAAAAGAUCAAGUGUCAAAAGCACUGGAUCAGAAGGAAGUGCCUCAAUCAACUGUUCCAUACUCACUGUGGACUUCAAAUGUUUUAAAACCACCUGGACUGAGGUGGUGCAACAGAACCGGGAGAAAUGGAAAGCACAAGCAACCAAAGAAGAAAAAGCUAAAAGAGAAGCAGAGGAAAAUGCUCACCAGGGUACAAAUGAAAAGAAUACAGAAGACAAAGAUGAAAAGACGCCAGCUGAGGAUGCCACGGCAGCCAACUCAGAAAACAGCAAAGAACCAAAUCCAGAGGAAAGCAAGAGCGCGGAAUCCAGCAAGAAUCCUGUAAAUGGGACUCGGCAGACUGGUGUGAACAAGCACGAAGCCUCUCAAGGAAAAAAUGCAUCUAGAACAGACAAGGGAACUGAUUCACAACAAGCAACAGGAGAGGAAAAACAGCGUGUCCAGAACGGUGAAUUAAAAGAAGGUAAUAACAAAUCAGACAAGAAAGAUCAGUCAAAUGUGGGAAAUGAAUCAAAGACGACAGAUGAUACAGAAGAAUAAAAAUAUAUAUAAAAGAGACUGCAAAUUUCUUUCAUCAUUUUAGCUGAGCUUCUUCAUUCCUCUCCUCCUCCUUCCGAAUAGACCAGUUUCUGGGGAAGGCGUUAUUACAGCUUUCAAAACACUCCUCCUCCCACUGGCUGUGACACAGUUAAUGACUCUGGGUUUUGGGGAUUGUUUUUUCUUUUUCUUCUCUCUCUCUCUCUCUCUCUCUUUGUCUCUGUGUGCGUGCGCGUGGUUUGUUUUUGUUUCUUCAAUUCUUUGGGUUUUUUCCUUAACACAAUGACUCCACUUUCUGGACAGGCCAAGCAAAUAAAUGAGGACCCUCUUAGAAGCCAACACAGCUCUUUGCUAUAACCCCACUGUAUGAAACAUGGGAUGAAAUGGUGAAUAAGAAAAUCAAACCAUGUGGAAAGAGGCUUGAAAUUAUUGCACUUUUUUUUUUCAAGAGUUGUUUUCAACAGCUGCUAAGCAGACAACAUGAUAUCAGUUUUAGCCUUGCUACCGAGGAUUUUGUUCAUAAGCAUUGUGAGUUUCAGAAUCUGUAGCCUGUCAGGUUUAUGUCAGGCUCAUGAGGAUUUCAUAUAGUUACACAGCUUUUUGUGACACUAUCUGAUGAUACGGAUGGCUUCGUUUUUUGUUUUUUUUAUUUUGCAGGCAAAUUCAUUCAGUCUUUGAAUUAUCUUGUUUAUGCAUUUAGCAAAACACAAAAAAAAAGUAAUGACUCGCAAAUGUUACGUUCACAGGGGGCAGUUGCCCCUUCAGUCUCUAAGGGGACGUACGAUUUGUGAUGUCUUCAAUAGCUAGUAAUUACAAAUAACGAUCUGUUUCUCACAUCUGCUACUUGUAACUACUUUUAUCUGACCCAAAGGACUGAAAGGAAGAGGGCAGCAGGGAAUCACACAGAUCAAUUCCUUCUUUCAACUCAGUGUGACAUUUCUUUCAUCACUGAUUGAAUGGAUGAGUCAAAGGAUAGGAAAAAUGUAACUACAAAAGUCUGGUCAGACAAAGAAAGAUGAAAAACAGUGUGUCCCAAAUACACUGCUGGAGUCAGUGGGUACAAGUCUGUGGAGCUGAUAGAGUUGUACAUGUUGACACAAGCAGUGAAUUUGGCCGAGCUUUCAAGAUGAAAUAUAAACUAACUUCCUCAGGCCUUGGUUCAGCAAAGUAUCCUUUUCAUGAAAGCAUUAAACACACACGUUUAAAUGCUUUGCUAAAUUUCAGCUUGGUAAGAAUCCAGUUCAUUACAGCUUAAUUUCACCUGUUUUGCAUGUAAUUCAACACACACAUAUACACACAAGUUGUUUUUCUUGGUUCUUUUUAUUCAGUGUGUAGUCACCUAUUUUACCACCAGUUGGACUGAUUUCAUGCCCUUUUACUUCAUAGAAAAGAUGGAAAACACUAGCCUAGAAGAAAUCAACUCAUCUAUAUUUUGUUUUCAUGUUCAAAACCACAGGACUUUAUAUUACCACCAGCCUAUAUUAGAAUUUAAAUCCCUGUUUCUACUUAAGAUGAAAAUGCACAGGGAUGAACAAUGUUUAGGAUGCCUGUAGGAAAUGUUGCCAUAUAUUGUACUAGUCUCACUUAACAUUAGCAAAACUGUGCUUUAUCUGGAUCUAGAUUUCAACUUUGAACUCCUUAGAUCUCAGGAGCGUUUGCGUCCAGGUUUUGGGGUCAGCCCGUUAUUUAAGGCAAGAUCCAUUUGCAACACUAAGAUUCAUAUUUGAAUUCUUAUUUCACACACCGUAACAUGAGUUUGUUCCAAGGUAGAGAUUUAGUUUUGGUUUGUCACAUACUAGGAACAAAUUAACUCUUAAUGAAAUAUUUUUACUUGGAAGAAAUAUAUUUAAAAAAAAACUACUGUAGUGAAUCAAGAGUCAGGAAUUCAUCAGCUGGUCCCUCUGUCUUAGAUCUCUUCAUACAAGGAAAAGAAACCAGAACAAUCUAAUUCCUUAAUCCCCAGUUCUGCAGGUGCUCCUUCCUCAGAAUCUCCAUCAGCUUCAGCGUGGUCCACACCCACAGCAGCUAUAGUUUGACCUUCCAUCAUUGUUAAAUUCUCUAAAGAGACAAUGGCAACAUAUAAAUAACAUAGAAACAAACACUGCAGUGCUGGCUAAACCUUCACUCAGCUGAAAUUCCUAUUGAAGUUAUUGGGGGUUUCAUGUGCAUAAGCUCUGAAGCAGUGGUAGAAGAUUUAGCUUAUAUUUAAACAAAAAUCCCUACCUAAUGUACUAAAGCUGCUUAGAUCAUUAAAACUGAAGUCAUUUAAAAAUUAAUUUAUCUCAAACUAUAACUAUUUUUCUUAUAAAACCUUGCUCUUGAGCAGUGAAAAGAGACUGUUUUAUUUAUGGUCGGCCAUUUCUUGGCUGUCACCCACUAGCCCAGUUUUGCAACAUCAGACUGUAUGUUUUCCUCUCUGUUAGGAUAAUAAACCAUUGGAAGAAACUGUCCCCAAAAAUGUAUUUUUCAUCUCCUGAUGACUUCAGAUCAUGUUUAGAUCCCAUUCUGCAAGGUAUAAUUUAGCCAAAUAUGAAUUAGUGGACAACCAUGGAGGUAUUUGAGUGAAAUGUAAUGGUCUAUGAUAUAUAGGAUGUUAGACUUUCUGGCUUUAAAAAUCUGAAUAUAAACUCAUAAAACCCCAUAUAAAUAUCAUCAAAAUUGAAUAUAAACUUAUCACUAAAUUUUGAAAAAAACAUAAAUGUGGGAGUUAAGAUACUACCAAUAGAAUGGUAAAGAUGAAAAGCUUUAUCUAUAUGAUUGUCUUUUCAGGAUCUGGGCCUAACUGACCACAUUCAGUGGUACUCCUUUCUCAUUGAAACCUGUCUUAUUAAAACACUCAGGAGUAGUGGAGAGGCAAAAAAUAAUCUCUCUUGUCAUCUCUCAGUCAAACUACAGAAGAGAUGCUGCCUGCUUGUUAAAAAUCGCAAAACUGCUUCCAUUUAAUUUUCUCUUAUUUCACAAAAGAUUUCUAUGAGUGCAUUAAGCUAAGGUUCCAUAUACGAGGAUGAAUGGAUCUGUAUGGGCCUAAUUAACUAUAGUAUCUUCAGUAGGGCUAUGUGAAGCUUCAGGUGGUGAUAAGAUUCGGAGGAGAUUUGGCCUGAUUCAGUGGCCAAAUCUCCGAAUCUGAAUUGAAUCAGGGGACCAAUUAAAAGGUCUGAAUUGAUUCAAAGCUCUCCAAAUUUUUGGAAAAAAAAUCAGAGAGCUUUGAUGAUUUGGGCAGUACCCAGUGGUUGCAGCAAGGAGCUGCAGCCACUCCAAGCUGGUAAGUACUAGAGGCUGGAGGAGGGGACCAUGGGGGACCCCUGCCAGCCCCCCCAACCACCCUGCUCCACCAGUCCCCUGACCCCCCAGCCCUCCCACCUACCCCCUCUCAGCUUCUGGCCCUUUAAAGAAAAGCCCUGGUGCUCAUCAGGUGCUACCAGGCGGGGGGGUGGGGGCACAAUCCCUGCUGCCCCCCACUGCCCCAUGCUGCAUGGGGGACUCUACGCAAGCCCCCCACCCCUCCCUACUCUCCCAGCCCCCACCACCACCACCCCCACCAGGGCCAGCUCCAGCCCUUUAAGAAAAAAAAAUGGAGACAAGCUUCGGGACUCACUGCUCCUGCAGCAGCCUCGGGGUUUUGGGGGUGGGGCUUGUGCAGAGCCCCCAUGUGGCACAGGACAGUGGGGGGCAGUGGGGAUCACCCCCGCUGGCAGGAACAGUGAGUCCGGGCGGGUUUGGGGGUUUUAUUCUUAAAGGGCCGGAGCUGGCCCUGGUGGGGCACACCUGGAGGGCUGGGGGAGCAUGGGGAGAUCAGGAGGUCAUGGAAAGCCCCCCAUGCAGCGUGGGGCAGUGGGGAGAGCAGUGAGGAUUGUCCCCCCCCACACACAGCUGGCAGCACCUGGUGAGUUGGGGCUUUUUUUUUCCAAAGAGCUGGGAGCUGGGUUGGGCAGGGCAGCCACUGCCAGACUGGGAGAGUGGGUGGGGGAUGGGCCUGGCUGAUUCAGAGAUUUGACAGCAAUCCAAUCUCUAAAUCAGAUUUGGCUGAUUCGAAUCACGAAGUCGAAUCACUGUCCCCCGAAUUGGCUAAAUCUGAAUCCAAAGCAAAUACUAGCCACUUUGCACAGGCCUAAUCUUCAGUUUAUGAAACAUGGGGGAGGAUUUCUGUUGUUAAUCCUUUGCUAUGCAUUCCCUGUGGGUGCGUCUACACGUGCACAUUUGUUGUGCAGUAACCUAAAUUACUGCACAGUAUGGGCAUGCAUCUACACAUGAACACCCAUACUGCACAGUAACUAUGGCCACUUACGCUAACUUGGGCAUAAAUUAGAUACCUGCAUUGUGCAAAUAUCUAAUUUACUCUCGAUUAAUUACUGUGCAGUAAUGCACGUAUAGAUGCCUUACUGCGCAGUAACACUGUGUGUGUGUGUGAACACACAGCGUUAAUGAACUUUAACACCUGCAUGUGUACAUGGUGGCCUAUUUCCACUUACUGCACAGUAACUCACAUGCCCAGUAAAUUAAUGAGACAUAAAUGCAUGUGUAGACAUGCUCACUAUAUCAUGAAAAUAAAAUUUUAGAUGCCUUACUAACCUUGCUACUAUUAGAAAAGACAAGUAAAUAAUAAGCUAGAAUACUGAAAAUAUAAGACAUGUUCUGCUGGCCCACCUCAGGCUUAACUCCCAUUGCCAGUUAUGGGAGUUGCAUGCAUGUGAGCACAACUGAAUGCCAUAGGGAAGUAAUAGUGUGAGACCUAGGUUUCAAAGUUGAUAUGUGUAAUAAGAAGGAUACUUCAAGCUCUAGGAUGAGAAUGUGAUUCAAAUUUUUUACAAAACAUUACCUUGCUUGAUGAGCAGCAUACCUCGUGGGCUUUCGAGAAACUUCCUGAUCUGGGAGAGUGAACCCAGGCAACUUACACCUUGCAAACAAGGGGAUGUCAAUGGCAAUGCCCUCCAAUUUCUCCUCUUUAAUGUCUUUCAAAGGAUCCAAUCAUCAUGAUAAUUCACUAGCACCUACACUUCUCUGGAACUUUUCUGUUCCUUAUACAAUGUCAGAACAUUUUUUUCCACAUUAUUUAAAGCAGGGGUGGGCAAAGUGUGGCCUGCGGGCCAGAUGCGGCCCGCCAGGUCAUUUUAUCUGGCCCACAGGGUCCCUAAAAAAAUUUAGAAAAUUAAUAGUUAUCUGCCCCUGGCUGCCUGUCAUGCGGCCCUUGAUGGCUUGCCAAAACUCAGUAAGUGGCCCCCCACGCAAAAUAAUUGCCCGCACCUGAUUUAAAGAGUAAGAGUUUUCAGGUCUGUACUCAGGCAAUGUUUUGAUGGAUGAGAAAACUCUGACACCUUCCCAAGAAAGCUGACAAUGGGCACAUCUACAUAAGAAGUUUACUGAAGAGUAGGCUAAUUAGCUCUGCAGUAAACCUCUUGCAUCUACACAUGCAGCCCUACUAGGUUGCAGGAAACUAAUUAACUUCACAGCGGGAUAGUACUUAUAGAUAGUAGUACUUGCGGUUUUUACUCCACAGCACUGCACGUAUAGACACUGAUGCAGCUGGCUGGGGCACAAGGGUCCAGCAAGCCCCACACUGGAGCACCUUUGUGCCCCAGCCAGCCCCUCUGCAGCAUGUUGAACCAGGUUGGAGUAGCCCUGGGCUAGCAGGCUGACCCCCCGAUCCCUCUGCCAGCCGGGGCUACUCUGACCCGGCUAAACAUGCUGGAGCUUAUUGCUUCACCUUAAUAGCACAUGUAGAUGUGCCCAAUGUGUAGAUAAAACUUGGACUUUUUGUGGGGGAAAAAAUGUUUUUUGUGUCUCAUUUAAAGUCAAAUGGUCAAGUCCUUAUUCUUAUUGCUUGACCAGCUUUAGAUAUGAGCUGCGCAGCUUUUUGCCUAAGAUUUGAGAGCAGAUUUCUGUGUUUCCUUUUAAACAAAAUAUCUGUUGUUUGGGAUAUUAUUCACAGCUGCAAAAGAAACAGAUGCCAGAAAGCACAAGUUGAUGACUAAAAAAUGUUAUAAUUUCAGGUUUAAAAUCUACUUUAGACUAAUCUAGUUUUCCUUCUGAGCAGACUGUUGUAGUCUUUUUACACAAAGAUGCAUCCCUUUAUUUUGCUGUAGUUUAUAUUCUGUAUUGUAUCCUUGAGAACCCAGAACUUUUACCCUUGAUGGGUAAAUAAAACAGGAGCAUUGUUUUUAGCUGUUUGUUUUCAACAUCCAUUUACUGGUAGCUUGGGAGUCCAUUUUUAAAAGGGUCAUGAUCCAGCCUCUGUGCUUGUGACAAAAAAGUGAAUACAAUUUUUAAAAGCUGCCAUGUAUGCAUACAGAAGAUGGAAUCUAAAGGUGCAAAGGCUUUUUGUCAUCAGUUUGCAUGGAUUUGGAAGGGGUAGUUUUGAUCCUUUGUGCAAAGAACUGACUGCUGAAGUUUUUUACGUGGAAAUUUGCCUACACAUCAGGAGGUUCCCUAAUACAAGGUUAAUGAGUACCAAAACAGACCUUAAAUUUUUGCCCUUUCCAAAUUCUACAACCUAUAAACCACAUUAGAGGUAAACAUUCAGAGGAAAUGAAAGGAACUGACCCAGGAAAAGACUGUUUAGCAACAACUGCCUUCUUCACCUGAUGGUGUGAGAAGUGGAUUGGAUUGAACUAGAAAUUUGAAAAAUAUAGAAACUGAAUGGGGCCUUUCAUCAUGAGGGCUAAAACCUGAGUUGGGGUAAAUUGGUAUAUCUCCAUGAGCACUUUCUAUGAGCUUAACUAUCUAAUCAUUUGACCCAGUUCUCCUCACACUUGCACCAAUAUCAUAGAAGUGUAAGUCCAUUGACCUCAGGAACACAUCUCCUGAUUUAUGUCCGUGUGUGGUUUCAUGUGUUAGUAACGGAUAUAUCAGGUCCGCUUAUUCUUUUUAAACAUAUUGCUUCUUUCAGUACUGAAAUGCAGAACAAUAGCACUGUGUUUUCUACCCACUUACUUCAUACUGUUCCCAGAGCUGGGCUCCUCAGAUCUGUGAUUCUCAAAUAUGGAGAUAUUAAACAUAAAGUCAUGUUAAUAUCUGCUUUAUGUAAAUCACAGAGGUAAGAGGGGAGAUCCUAAUUGACCAUAUGGCUUGAAAGAAAAGAUAGAUUUUAUUGCCAGUCUUCUAAAGCUCUGACCUUGCUCCUAUUGAAGUCAACAAUCACCCCAGUUCAUUACAAGGAAUAUUGCCCAGAGUGUGCUCAAAUCACGUAGUAGUUUAACAUCUUCGCUCAGGGGGUGAUUACCCUGCUCUUGCAGGGAGAUGGAUUUGAUGACCAGCCAGGACUCUUUCAUAGCUAAACACUGGUUUCAAAAUAAAAAACAAAUUGUUUUGACCUGGUAACCUUCUUUCUUAUUAAAACAAAAACUGGCCAAUUUGCUUCUAUUUAUUCAGAUUUCAAUUUGUCCCGCUUUGUUGGAUUAUUUCUUAUUUUUUUCCAAGCAAAAAUAGAGUGAGAUUUCCCAUUCAUAACAAGGCAGAGCUGUGACACUGUGUUUUAUCAUCUUAUGUGUUUAAGACAAUUCUGCAUCCUGCAGACUAAUGUAGUGAUACCCAAACUAGUUUUAACUAAUUUAAUUAGGGUAUCUGAAACAGUCUAGUCAGCACAGCACAGAUAUCAGUGUGGAUUAAUUUACCCUGAGUGAUAUAUAAGUACAACACACAUAUACAUGUGUGUACACAUACGCGCGCGCGCGCACACACACACACACACACACACUCUUCAUGGCAGGCUAUUGGGUUUUGUAUUGUUUUUAUUUCAUCAGCGUGCAUGUACAGGGAUUGUUGUGUAUUCACUGUUGCCCCAAUUUUAGAAGUCAUCCUGUGGUAGGAGGAAUACAUGUAAUCCCAUAGUUUCUGCUGGGUGACUGUAGGAGUGCAUAUGUAAACCACAAUUAAUUAUGGCCAUAGGUGUUGUCUAGUGAUAAAUCCUAGUGAUAGAAUGGCAGAGUGAGCAUUUUCCUUUUCUUCUCGCUUGGAUGAUAUUUUUAUACAAUUUUAUAUACAAUUUUUUUAAAUAUUUGCUAUUUUUAUUUGUAGGGUUCUGGUUGGGGUUUUACCAGAACUUCUGGUUGUCUGUAGACCCAGAUUCUCACUGAUAUUUCUCUCUCCUUUUCUCCUCCCCCAGUAGACAAGAGCAAUUGCAUUUGCAACAUCAGCUUAGAGCAAAAUAACACCUUGGGCCCAAUCACUCCACUAGUUGCACUGAAAUCAAUGAAAGUUGCACUAUCACUCCUUUGAGUUCCAUUGCAGUCCCUGUUGAGUACAGUAGAUGAUAAAGUCAAUUAUUUACAUGUAUACAGCAUGCCAAAUGCAGGGCAAUUCAGGCUGAAGCCAAUAUAUAAGAGUAGUGGAGUCUUCCUUCAGUGUGGCAGGACUUGCUUCCACCACAAUACAUUUAAAUAAUUAUGACGCUACUUCUGCAGCAGCUUAGAUGAUUAGGCACUUCUAGCAAAGGCACAAACUACUAGGCUGACUACCUUCAGCAGGGAGGAAUCAUGGAAAUUAUCAUCUUACCUGUAACACCAGAUUUCACUGCUCCCAAAUGAGGUUUGUAGUGAUGGGGCAUGAUAAAGUGAGGGGAAGUUAAUAUGAUACUUUGGGAGGAAAAGGGGGAAAUUAACCAAAUUCAAGGAUCUUGGUCUUGUAACAUAGUUUUUCUCAGCUGGCAUUAUGCAGGGAGUUCUAUAUAUGAAGCUAAACAUAUACUUCAGAGUAUCUUUAUAUUAGCAGAAAUUAUAAAGGAGAUUUCUUGUUGAACUAAGGCAAAUAUACACCUGUAAUCCAGAGUCUUAUUGACAUAGGCAGGAGGCAGGUUGUUAUAUGUAUUUUGCAUCGGGUGAUUAGAAAACAAAUCAAAAUCCAUUUGUAAAGCAACAAUCAAACAAGUUUGUUCCUAAAACAAGAAGAAGAAAAAAACCUCUUUGGUUUGUUUAGACUUAAAAUGCAAAACUGAAAUGAAUCAUGUCCAUGUCAUGCAAAGUAUUCUCAACUGUUAUGAGAAUGAUUUUUAAACAAUAUGCAUUUAUUGUUAGUUCCUUAUUCAGAAGGAGAGGCUUGUAGUCUCUAAGUGUAUAAAACAUUUUUCCAGCAUUCCAAUUUUUCUGUAACCGACUACAUGUAUGUUCAUCUUAUUACCAAAUAAAAGCAAUGAGGUCUCCACUCCAUUUGAAUUUGAA